GCGUUAAUAUCAACUGUGAAGACCCCUACCAUCGAAACAAAGAGAGGUUGCAAGAAUAUCAAAUCACACGAUGAGUUUUCCAGUUAGGGCUAUCGUAAAACUCAAGAGAAUCCUCUUUAUGGGUUUGGUAAUUGCUGGUGCAUUCUAUGCAGUGAUGUUGAUGCCGAAAAUGCUAAAAGUCAGAAAAUCGAACCAGGAAGAUAUCGAUUCCCAGAAUAUUAAACAGAUGAAGAGAGAGGCACUGAUCAGACUUUUAGAGGAAAGAUAUCGGCCUUGGAAUUCUUCUGCUUGUACCAAGCAAGGUAGAAGAAAACCUAUUCAAUAUGUCGUCAAACAUCACCUUAUCGUGUCCGAGCGUUACAAAACACUCUUCUGUUUCGUUCCUAAAGUAGCAUGUAGCAACUGGAAACGAAUUUUUCACAUUUUAGAAGAACAUUUCAACUCGUCGGAAGAUAUCUCCCACGAAACUUCGCAUGAUUCAGGAAAGUUACGCUUUUUGAGACAUUAUUCAAACGCUACAGUAGUAGAUCACAUGUUAAAAACAUACAAAAAGAUUGCAUUUGUUCGCGAACCUAUGGAGCGAUUUCUGUCGGCUUACCGGAGUAAAUUUGCACCUGUUGUUCCCCCUAGGAAGGGAUAUUAUUACAGCAUCGGCCUAGACAUCAUCAGAAGGAUGCGGAAGAACUCUACGGGGUUAACACCACAUUAUCCUACAUUUAAGGAAUUCGCAAAUUACGCGAUUACUACACCUUUUAGUUCUCAUGAUGAACACUGGGAUCGUCAGCAUAAUUUAUGCGCUCCGUGUGAUAUAAAUUACGACUUCGUUGGCAUCUAUGAUAAUAUCAAAGCAGAUGCUGACCUCGCUCUUAUGUUGAUGGGAGCUGAUGAAGAGGUUACAUUCCCAAAUGUCGAAGCUGCACCCGAAGGACAAGGAUCGCAAACGAAGAUGAAGAUUUUCUAUUCAGGAAUAUCACAAGAAGAAUUCACACGACUGCAGAAUAUAUACGCAAAAGACUAUGAAAUUUUUGGAUUCAAAAAGCCCAGUUAUCAAGAAAUAGUGAAUCCCUGA